GCCCCCAGUGCACCUACACAAAAUCCUGAGCAUGUCAUCCGAUCAGAAGCCCUACAUUAUCCAUACUAAUGAAACCCCCCUAAAUCCAACAUCGCACAAACUCAACCCGAAGGUCUAUCGGGAGCAGCUGCGCCUCGGGGACCUCACCGGACUCACGAAGACAGGCGUACACCUCUGCCGCCUGCCUCCGCACAACGAGAGCACCGUCAUGCACUGGCACAACAACGAUGACGAAUGGAUCUACGUUAUAAGCGCAGGAGAGGGGGCGGUGAUGCGUAUGAAAGAGGGGGUCAAACAAGUCGAGGACGUCCCGGUGAAGGAGGGCGAUUUUUUCGGGUUCCCGGCUGGGUCGCAGAAUGCGCACGCGCUGAGGUCCGGGGAGCAGGAGAUACUGUAUCUGGUGGGUGGCAGCAGAGAGGCGCUGGAUGUGUGCACCUAUCCGGAAGCGAAGGCGAGAGCAAUUGUGGAUAGGACCCUAGGUGGAAAGUCGUGGGGCGUGCGCGAGGACGCAGUUGUACAGGCGUAGCCGGGGUUCGAUCGGGCUGCCUCAGGGUAACAACUGCAGCAGAAAAUCUUACCUACGCGCACUAUACAAGAACGAGCGGAUGAUGUCCGGUUAAGUUCCAGAUCAACAGAGCUCCCAGGGCGCGUAUGCGGAGAGCGCAGGCCAUGUCGAGUUCCCGACUCAGCACAAGGCCCACUCGAGUCGUCCAAGACACAUUGUCCGCAGAAACAUCG